UUAUCCUGAUUAUACAACCCUGAAUUCCACGACAUGAAUUUCACAAAAUGUCUGAAAUUUCCUCUGUUAAUUCUAUUUUUCAUAUUGAUCUCCUUUCCUUGUUUAACAAGAAGCACCCCAGUGCUAGAUACAGAUGGUAAUGAAGUCCAAAGUAAUACGAAAUACAAUGUAUUUCCUCUAGAAAGAGGAAAUGGUGGUGGACUUGCACUUUCUGCAAAAGAUAGGCCAUGCCCAUUUAUUGUCAUGCAAGAAAACUAUGAAUCUUCAAGUGGGCUUCCUCUAAAGUUGUUUCCAUUGGACAACAAGCAACAGGUAGUUAACUUGUCCACAUAUCUGAAUAUCGUUUUCUCGGCUGCCACGAUUUGCGUGCAAUCGACCGUGUGGAAACUUGGCGGCGUGGAUGAGAUCACAGGAUGGAGAUAUGUGUCUAGUGGCGGCAUCAUGGGGCGUCCGGGAGUGCAUUCAGUUGACACAUGGUUCAAACUUGAAAAGUAUGGGAAUGUGUAUAAGAUUGUUUGGUGUCCUACUAAUGUGUGUAAUACUUGCAAGGUUGUGUGUGGGAAUGUGGGUGUAUUUGUAGAAAAUGGCAAGAGAUGGCUUGGUUUGAGUGAUGUACCUCUUGUUGUUGUGUUUAAGCGAAGUCCAACUUGAUAAGAGUUCAGAAAAUCUCAUUAAUAA